AUGCCCCUCCUACUCGGGGAUUGGAGGUGCUCAGGGGGAGCUGGGACGCACCUCCUGGACUCGGAGACAGCAGCAGCUUCUGCAGGUUCAACAGGCCUCUGCCCUUUGGUCAAACAAAAACCUGCAGCUCCCUUUCCAGCACCCAUCCCCUUCUUUUGGUUAACCAGAGAGAGGAGGAUGGCCUAUACUGAGGAGGACAGAAACAGCUAUGAGGUGUACAAGGAAACAGCAGAUUGGUUACGUGCCCAAACCGUCCGGCGCCCAAAAAUCGCCAUCAUCUGCGGAUCCGGACUGGGGGGCCUGGCUGACGUGUUGGAUAACAAGACAGUCUUUCCCUACGAGGACAUCCCUCACUUCCCACGGAGCACAGUUGCAGGGCACGUUGGCAGGCUGGUGUUUGGGGAGCUGAGCGGGCAGCCCUGCGUGUGCAUGCAGGGGCGUUUCCACUCCUACGAGGGCUACUCUGUCAGCACGGUCACCUUUCCCAUCAGGGUCUUCUUUCUCCUGGGAGUGGAGAUCUUGAUUGUCACAAAUGCUGCUGGAGGACUGAAUCCCCACUUCCAAGUGGGGGACAUCAUGUUCAUAAGAGACCACAUCAGCUUGUUUGGCUUGGGAGGGCAGAAUCCACUGCGUGGACCAAAUGAUGAGAGGUUUGGGGUGAGGUUUCCCUGCAUGUCAGAUGCUUAUGAACAGGAUCUGCUGGGCCUGGCAAAGGAGAGUGCCCAGGAGCUGGGCUUCCUGAGCUUCACCCGGGAAGGAGUGUACUGUGUGCUGGCCGGGCCCUGCUACGAGACCGUCGCCGAGUGCCGGGUGCUGCAGGCGCUGGGAGCCGACGCCGUGGGCAUGAGCACUGUCCCAGAGGUGAUUGUGGCCAGGCAUUGUGGCCUCCGAGUCCUUGGGAUCUCCCUCAUCACCAACAAAGCGGUGAUGAGCUAUGACAGCCAGGAGAAAGCCAACCACGAGGAAGUGCUGCGCAUCUCGGUGGUCCGGGCUGAGGCCCUGCAGAAGCUGGUCACACACCUCCUGGGGAAGCUGGGGGAAAGCACAAACUCUCUGUGACCCCCCAGCCAUCCAGCAUUCAUAUCCUAACGUGUGAACACUAGCAAGUGCUGGGGGAGAGCCGUUGGUGGGACUGUCCCCUUCUGCUCUCCUCCCUUUGAAUAGACCUUUUUAUCUUUGUGCUUUGUCUGAACAGGUGCAGAGGUUUGCUUUGAAUCCUGCCAGAAUGAUCCCCUUGUUAGUAGCCAGUGGCCAAAGCAGGUUGCUGGCACUUAAACACUCUGGCACAUUCCCAAGCCCCAGUGUUAGCAAUGUGAGCUCCAGCUCCCCCUGGUUCUGCUGUCUCUCUUGGCACAACACCCUC